CUUUUUUCCCUCAGAUUGAAUUGAAUUAGAUUAAACAACAUCCAUCUUACCUUCAUUUCAAUCAAUCUUACAUUUUAUUUUAUUUUUUUCAUUUUCAUUCCAACAUUUGUGAUAUACAUUCAUUAUUUUUUUCAAAAAAGAUGCAGUGUGUUGCUCCAUCGUCUAAUAUUAUUAGUUUCAAAUCAAUAAUCGGACCGUCUCACCGAGUCACCCAACCAAAUCAGCUCAAUGUCCAAUGUGUAGCCAGCCGAUUUGAUUCGGCUGCUGCUGCCGCUAGCUCAACGAAUCCUUCCUUAACCACCGCUGUGCCCACGGCCAACAACUUCGCAUCUGGCGGCGUAAAGAGCCGCGGCGAUUGGCAAAGCUCGUGUGCUAUCUUAGCUAGCAAAGUUGAUCAAUCGCAACAGCAAAACGCCGAAAACUCAAAACCAUCCAACGGUUCAGAUAAGAUCACCGUUGUCAAUGGUCAUGCUUCUGUAGAUCUAGUUCCGGUUUCAAAACUGCCAAAACCGCUCACAAUUGCUGAUCUCUCACCGGCUCCGAUGCACGGCUCCACGUUGCGCGUGGCUUACCAAGGCGUUCCCGGCGCGUAUAGCGAAGCCGCCGCCGGUAAAGCUUAUCCAAACUGUGACGCUAUUCCUUGUGAUCAAUUCGAAGUAGCAUUUCAAGCUGUUGAGCUCUGGAUAGCAGAUCGAGCCGUUUUGCCGGUCGAAAAUUCGUUAGGCGGAAGUAUUCACCGGAAUUACGAUCUUCUCCUCCGUCACCGGCUUCAUAUCGUCGGUGAAGUACAGCUUCCUGUACAUCACUGCUUGUUAGCAUUACCGGGUGUACGAAAAGAGUUUCUUAACAGAGUUAUCAGCCAUCCGCAAGCGUUGUCUCAAUGCGAGCAAACGCUUACUAAAUUAGGCUUAAAUGUGACACGUGAAGCUGUAGAUGAUACAGCUGGCGCAGCCGAAUUUAUCGCUGCGAAUAAUUUACGUGACACAGCAGCGAUUGCAUCUGCACGCGCGGCUGAACUGUACGGUUUGAAUAUAUUGGCGGAUGGAAUCCAAGAUGAUUCAAGUAACGUCACGCGCUUUGUUAUGUUAGCGCGUGAGCCAAUAAUUCCGCGAGUGGAUAUUCCUUUCAAAACUAGCAUUGUUUUCGCUCACGAUGAAGGGACGUCGGUUUUGUUCAAAGUUUUAUCAGCGUUUGCGUUUAGGAAUAUAAGCUUAACUAAAAUCGAAAGCCGGCCACAUCGAAAUCGUCCGAUUCGGUUAGUUGGAGAUGAGAAUUCAGGAACGGCUAAGCAUUUUGAGUAUCUAUUUUAUGUUGAUUUUGAAGCAUCAAUGGCUGAUGUCAGGGCACAAAAUGCAUUGGCUGAGGUUCAAGAAUUCACAUCUUUUCUAAGGGUGUUGGGUAGUUAUCCCAUGGAUAUGACUCCUUGGUCACCUUCUUCUCAAUGAUUGUCCUUUUUUCAUAUUUAAUUUUUUUAUAAAUUAGCUUUCAUUUUUUAUUAAGUUUCAAGGUGUUAAUGUUUGAGUAAAUAUGGUGGUCAAGUAUGAUGUCCAUUGGAGGAUAUUUUAUAAUAAAUGUAAACAGAAUUUUAUGGUUUUAA